AGCAGGCAAAGCUCAAGGUUACCUUCCAGGUACAUAAUCAAACCCGACCAAGGCGAGCAUUCUCUUGCCUAAUGCGCCCACAUCAAAUCUCGACAAGAUGAUCUCUAGGAUAGCGAGCAGGAGAUCCUGCUUAUUGCUGAGGACAAACGCCUCAAAAUCAAUUGGACUGGUGCAAAGGCGAGGGGCAGCGAGCUCACCAAAGCUAGGAGAUGGUCCCUUGAUGGAGAGACGUGCGGAUCGGGAGCUUCCUGAUCCCCGAACAAUCGGCCACCGGUGGUCGCGCAGUCUCCCCAUCUUUUUCAUCCUCAUGGCCGCCAGCAGCCUCGCCAUCUUCAACUAUCAAAAGAUGUCGAGCCCCGUGGUGGCCUCGACGCUGUACGCGCUGCGGAUCCACCCGGACGCCCGCGAGUAUCUGGGCGACAACAUCUACUUCAAGCAGCAGAUCCCCUGGAUCAGGGGCGAGAUGAACCAGAUGCACGGCAAGAUCGACGUCUGGUUCACCGUAAAGGGCAACAGGAACUCGGGCGUCAUGCGCUUCACCAGCAGGCGUCCGUCGUCCAGGGCCAUGUUUGAGACGACAGAGUGGAGCCUGGAGAGGGACGACGGCUCCAAGAUCGACCUGCUCAUCGACGGUGAUCCCUUCAAGGGUAUCCAGAUCGGGGAGAGCUUGGACAACUAUUACGACGAUGAGGACGAUGCGCCGCAAACGAGGGGGUUCAGGAAGUAAGGAGGUAAAAGGAUGUUACGAGACAGUGGGGGAAGGGAGGACGGUGAAUAGACAUCCAGCGCCAAUUUUGGGCGAUUUGUUAUUCUUGCACACGUGAUGGGUAGCAUAUUUCCGGAUACGUCUGAGAAUUUGCAUUUGUACAACAAAAAGAAUAUUGCAUAUAUCUGUACAAUAUUACAAUACAUGGUCCGCCAUGGCCUAUGCAUGACCAUACGUAAUCGGACUUUUAACAACAACUCACUCCUCUUCUCACAGCUGCGCCAACUCUCCCC